ACCUCGUCGCGCGGCGCGUUGCGGAGCAACGCCAAAGCGGCCGUUCGAGGGCGGCGCGCGCAUGGCCAAGUUCGUGGUGGCGGGUAAGGCAAACUGCCCUUACUAUGCCAAAGCUGAACUCCUGGCUGACUAUCUCCAGACUAACUUGCCCAACUUCAGGGUUCACAAGAUUACUCAGCACCCUGACAAGUGGGAGCAGUGGCUCCAUGACAUUCGUGAAACAAAUGGAUGGGAACACAGUCAGUCUCCUAUCAUUUAGAGAGAACUGUUGGACCGUGGAGGGAAGGGUCAGCUUCUGGGAGGACUUAAUGAUUUUCUGGAAUAUGCUCAGCAGUAUUAUGGCAUCACUUCAAUGAUGCUGAGUGAGGAAAUGUUAGACAUUGCUGAGGAGAACCUGCAGGCGCAUCUUGAAAUUGUAAAAGAGGAUGAAGAGAUUAAAAGUCUUAUCAAACCUAUGCAGAUCUGGAUCACCAGUGCAUCAGUUCCAAUCUGUUAUCAUCUGAUCCCUCUGUUGGCAAGUGGAGAAGUGUUUGGGAUGACCACAGAAAUCAGUAUCCAUUUGCUUGACACUGACCAGUUUAAGGAAAUUCUUCACAGUAUUGUAAUGGAAGCUGAAGACAUGGCAUUCCCACUCCUCCGCAGUAUUUCGGAGCACACAAAAAUAGAUCAGGCUUUUAUUGAUGCUGAUAUUAUCAUUGUUCUUGAUGAUGUCCUCUUGAACCUUGAAGUCCAAUCCCUUGAGAACUACAUCAGAGAAGUGAGUGAGAUCUGCCAAGUGUAUGCUCCCCUGAUUGAGAAGAAUGCCAAGAGUGAGGUCAAAGUAAUUUCAUCAGGAAAAACCUUUGCAAACCUUAAGGCAAUGAUGUUAAGGACGUAUGGCCCAUCCAUUAGGCCUGAAAAUAUCAUUGCCAUUGCGACAUCCUGGGAAAGUGCAGCUAAAGCCAUGCUGGCCAGGAAGCUGAAUAUGAGCACAGCAGGAGUUAAAGAUGUGAUUGUUUGGGGCAAUAUUACUGGCUCUAACUACAUUGAUUUGUCACAUGCAAAACUUUAUGGAUAUGACUGUGCUAUUUGGGGCCCUGCUAAUUUUCAACGUCCUUUGUUGAAUAUGAUUUAUGAUAGGGAAUGGAUCCAUUCAGAAUUCCUAUCUGCACAGAGUACACUGAGUUCCCGGGUGUCUCGUUGUACAGGAAUGUUACCUGCUCAUGCAGUAGCCACUGUACUGCGAUACUGGUACCAUGGCUCUCCUUCUGAGGAGAUCAUUUCUGUGGGAAUACUUAGUGAAGGUCAGUUUUGCGUUCCUGAAGGAAUUGUCUUCUCUAUGCCAGUGAGGUUCCAGAAUGGUAACUGGGAAGUCGUGACAGAAGUAGAAGUUAAUGAAACGACCCAAAAAGUUCUGGGACGCUUAUCCCACGAGCUGGUUCAGGAAAAGCUCGUUGCACUAAAGGAAAUAAGCGAAAUGCAUCCAUAUGAAGCAGAAUAAAAACUCCACAUCUUCUCCCAAGUGUUUCUGUGCUGCUUUUCCUAUUUAAUUUGCUUUUCAAGUUCUCUGUCCUCCUUCAUCAGAAAAAUAACAGAUGAGCACUAAAGCAUGUUUUAGUUUUGUUUUUUCACUUUUUCUCCAUUUUCAGGUUGUGAAAUUCCUGCACUUUUCUAAUGUUCAAGCCAUUUCUUCCUAGUUUUCAUUCCUACAGACCUUUUCCCUGGUUUGUUUUCUUUCCCCCUUCCUUCAGAUUGUUUCCACUACUUUUAUAUCAGCCCUUUCUGUACUAUGAACUGUUCUUCUCCAUUAAGGGCAGGCUGAAGAAUGGGGAAAGUUUGGAGCUGAUGCCUAGAGCCUCUUCUGAGUACAGAGCCUUUUGGUUAUCCAUGCUUGUUUCUUGGGAAAGGGCUACAGACACAAUAAGAUAUUCCUGCUGAAUGCAGAGUUUAAUUAUUUGGCUAAUCAUGACCUUGUUUAACCCAGAUGGGGGAUUCCCAAUUAGGUAAGUGUGGUAAGUGUCCUUCCCUGGUCUGCUCUCUACUUGUAUGGCACUGCUGUUCUAUAGAGCUGUUCCAUUCCUCUUGUGUCAGCGUUAAAUGCUAAGCAGAGGCCUUACCACUGCUAGCAGUGUUGUGCUUGGUUGUGGCCUUCUCUUGUGACAUUAGUAUCAGGUGUUCAAGUAUUCCCAAAGUGCCCUGCUUCUCUCCUUGCAUGUGGAAGUAUUCUAGGAGGCUAGCAAAAAUAGCUCAUGUUUUUGCUUUUUUUGACAGAAAUGGAAACCUUGCCUACUGAGUCACUUUAGAGAUGUUCUAGAGUUGUCUGGAGGAGAAAAUGCUGGAAAUUCCCAUAUUAAAAUAAGGUUUCCAUUGCUCAAAAGAGCAAACUACAAAGAAAGCAUUGCUGUAGUUUUUGCAGUAUCUUCCUCAUUAAAAAAAAAACCAAACCAGGAAAUCUCUAGGUUUUUCAGUUAUUCAUAUAAAUAUGAAUAGUCAUAUAAAUAUUCAAUAAAUAUUUGAAAUAAUUUCAAAUAUUUCAAAGCCAGUGUGAAUAUAACAUUUUUAACCUGUAGACCAAAGUAAAAUUCCUUCUGAUUUUAAUGAGUCUAGGAUUUCAUUUGCAUCCAACAACUUAUUUCUUCAGACCAAAAAACUAUUGCAAAAAUGUGCUUUAAUGCCUAAAAUGUUCAUGUGAAGAUUUUGAGCAGGAUUGUCACAUACAGAGUAGCAAUUUUAUAAUUCCGAAUUUUUUUUUUCAGAGGUACUGAAGCACAGUACUUUUGUAAUAAAAUAUCUUCUUGGGCAAAAAUGAUUUUUAACACAAAAACAUAAGUUCAUACAUCUCCUUAGUGACAAGAUUAUCUUUGUUUCCAUGUUUUUUUAAUUUAUUGCAUGAGUUUCAAGGGAAUACUCAUGUGUUUUAAGUCAAAUGUAAUUAAAUUCUUGUUUCAACAGAAUUGUUGAGGAACCGCUUUCACUUGCAUGUCUUUGGUGUCUUAAAUGAUGGAAACUGUGUUAAUGAAAUGUUACUGUACUCGCUAACUUUUUAUCAGAUAUGUUUAAAGCAAAAUAGAAAGCUUCCUGUUCUUUGAAUCAGUUACAUA